GCUCCCCGGCGGGCAGCGGUGUCGUCCCUUCACCGCGUUAAGGAUGCCGCGCGCGGCCGGAUCGCUUUAAGGCUGCCGACCGAGCUGGAGAUGGGCAGCAGCUGCGAUAAAGGUAUCCGUGUGCUCCGCAGCCGGCUGCGCGUGCCUCGCCGCGUGGGGAGAGACGUCUGUGUGUCCUGCGCGUCCGUUUGCACGGGAGACCUUAUUUUGCGUGCGCCGGUGUGCAUGCUUUAUGGUCGCUACAACCAGAUACAAGCAUGUCUCGCAGGAAUAUUUAUGCUCGUCAGAGCAGCCCGCAUGGAUUUAGGAUGCCAAAGUCGUAUCUUAGUAAGGUCAUAUUGCCAGAACGAGGAGAGUUUGACCUAUAUAUAUAUGUAUAUUUUUUUUUUUUUAAAUCUGCAGAGAUAUGUAUGUCAUACUCUGCAGGCAGUCGCGAGCCUUCUGAUGAUCGUACGCCUUGAGCCCGCAGGAUGAUCGUAUAGGACCGAACUUUGACCUUUGUCAAGUCGUGUUCAGCCAGGGCUAAAAUUGAGCUUCCCCGUGUCUCGGUUUCGGUCGUCUGUUAAUUACUGCAUAGCUAAUGUGAAAAAAAAAAGGAAUAGUGUAAAGUUUUCGGCAUAGUAGCUCACGAACAGUAAUAGAAUACCAAAUACCUUUGGGUAUUGAUCUGCACCAGUUUUUUUAUUUUAAUUGCCUAUUGCCUAGGAUCGGGUCGGAUUCAUAACCUUGAAUCUGCGAGUGGAAAUGCCGUUGUAAUUUAAGGUCCCAGCAGAGAGAUCUCCUCGCAGACGGAGCAUCUCGGGGACCAGCACGUCGGAGAAGACCAACUCCAUGGAUGCUUCGAACACCUCUCCUUUCAAAGUGCCGGGCUUCUUCAGUAAACGUCUGAAAGGCUCCAUCAAGAGGACAAAGAGUCAGUCGAAGCUGGACAGGAACACAAGUUUCCGUCUCCCAUCUCUCCGCAAUACCGAUGACAGGUCCCGUGGAUUGCCCAAGCUGAAAGAGUCCCGUUCCCAUGAGUCUUUACUGAGCCCGGGCAGCGCGGUGGAGGCCCUGGAUCUCGGGGCGGAAGAGAAAGUCUUUGUCAAACCACUUCAUAGCAGCAUCCUUGGACAAGACUUCUGCUUUGAGGUAACCUACUCCAGUGGCAGUAAAUGUUUCAGCUGUUCCUCUGCAGCAGAGAGAGACAAGUGGAUGGAAAACCUACGCAGGACAGUGCAGCCAAAUAAGGACAACUGCCGUCGAGCUGAAAAUGUGCUCCGUCUUUGGAUCAUUGAGGCAAAGGACCUUGCCCCCAAGAAGAAAUACUUCUGUGAGCUGUGCCUUGAUGACACUCUUUUUGCCCGCACCACCAGCAAAACAAAAGCUGAUAACAUUUUCUGGGGAGAGCACUUUGAGUUCUACAGUCUCCCACCUCUUCAUAGCAUCACAGUUCACAUCUACAAGGAUGUGGAGAAGAAGAAGAAAAAGGACAAGAACAACUAUGUAGGCCUGGUCAACAUUCCCAUGACCAGUGUAACUGGUCGCCAGUUUGUGGAAAAAUGGUACCCAGUCAGCACACCUACACCCAAUAAAGGGAAAUCAGGGGGACCUUCCAUUCGGAUAAAGUCCCGUUAUCAGACCAUAACCAUCUUGCCCAUGGAACAAUACAAAGAGUUUGCAGAGUUUGUUACCAGCAACUACACGAUGCUGUGCUCCGUGCUAGAGCCGGUGAUCAGCGUAAGGAAUAAGGAAGAGAUGGCUUGUGCUUUGGUGCACAUUCUUCAGAGCACUGGGAGAGCCAAGGACUUCUUGACGGAUUUGGUGAUGUCUGAGGUAGAUCGUUGUGGGGAGCAUGAUGUCUUGAUCUUCAGGGAGAACACACUUGCUACCAAAGCUAUUGAGGAAUACCUAAAAUUGGUAGGGCAGAAGUAUCUUCAUGAUGCACUAGGGGAGUUUAUCAAGGCUUUGUACGAGUCAGAUGAAAACUGUGAAGUGGAUCCCAGCAAGUGUUCGUCCAGCGAAUUAACAGAUCAUCAGAGCAACUUGAAAAUGUGUUGUGAGCUGGCCUUCUGCAAGAUCAUCAAUUCUUACUGCGUGUUCCCUCGUGAGCUGAAGGAAGUGUUUGCGUCUUGGAAGCAGCAAUGCCUGAGCAGGGGCAAGCAGGACAUCAGCGAACGCCUGAUCAGUGCCUCACUCUUCCUCCGGUUCCUGUGCCCCGCUAUCAUGUCCCCCAGCCUCUUUAGCCUCAUGCAGGAGUAUCCUGAUGACCGGACAUCUCGCACCCUCACGCUUAUUGCUAAAGUCAUUCAGAAUCUCGCCAAUUUUGCUAAGUUUGGUAAUAAGGAAGAGUAUAUGGCCUUCAUGAAUGACUUUUUGGAACAUGAGUGGGGGGGAAUGAAGCGUUUUCUCCUCGAGAUCUCUAAUCCAGAUACCAUCUCAAACAUGCCUGGAUUUGAGGGCUACAUCGACCUGGGCAGAGAGCUCUCAGUUUUGCAUUCCCUCUUGUGGGAGGUUGUGUCUCAGCUUGAUAAGGGUGAAAAUUCCUUCCUACAGGCGACCGUGGCAAAACUGGGACCUCUGCCUCGUAUUCUUGCUGACAUCACCAAGUCAAUGACCAACCCUACACCUAUACAGCAGCAGUUGAGGCGUUUCACUGAGCACAGCUCUAGUCCAAACGUCAGUGGCAGUCUCUCCUCAGGGCUUCAGAAGAUAUUCGAGGACCCCACUGAUGGUGACUUGCAUAAGCUGAAGUCUCCAACCCAGGAAAAUGUAGAUGGAUAUUUUAGAGGCAAGACCUUACUGUUGGUACAGCAGGCAUCCACCCAGAGCAUGACUUACUCCGAUAAGGAUGAAAGGGAAAGCAUCUUGCCCAAUGGACGUAGCAUCUCCCUCAUGGACCUCCAGGACCCUCACACGGCUCACAGCGAUCACGCUUCUAUUAUGCACGACGUGCCUUUGCGUUUGGCCGGCAGCCAGCUCUCUAUAACACAGGUGGCCAACAUCAAACAGCUGUGGGAAACCCAGAGCACGCCCCAGAGCGCUCCCCAGGUGAGAAGGCCUCUGCACCCAGCAUUGAACCAACAGGGCAGUCUCCAGCCUCUGUCAUUCCAGAACCCAGUUUACCAUCUCAACAACCCGCCUCCGCCUAUGCCAAAGGCCUCCGUGGACUCCAGCCUGGAGAACUUAAGCACUGCCAGCUCCCGGAGCCGAAGCAACAGCGAAGACUUCAAACUCAGUGGACCCAGCAACAGCAGCAUGGAGGACUUCACCAAGCGCAGCACGCAGAGCGAGGAUUUCUCCCGGCGGCACGCAGUGCCGGACAAGCACGUUCCUAUCGCUCUGCCCCGCCAGAACAGCAGCAGCCAAGCGCAGAUCCGCAAAAUGGACCAAGCCGGGCUGGGUGCCAGGGCCAAGGCGCCGCAGUCCCUGCCGCACAGCGCUUCCUUGCGGAGCACCGGCAGCAUGUCGGCGGUGUCGGGGGCCAUGGUGGCCGAACCCAUCCAGAAUGGGAGUCGGUCCCGGCAACAGUCCUCAUCUUCUAGAGAGAGCCCUGUCCCAAAGGUGAGGGCAAUUCAGAGGCAGCAGACACAGCAGGUAUCUCUGCUCCAGGUUCACUCGCCUGUUGACUCUGCCACAAUGUCACCAGUGGAGAGGACAGCUGCGUGGGUUCUCAACAACGGGCAGUAUGAAGAAGUGGAGGAGGAUGCAGAGCAGAAUCAAGAUGAAGUCAAGCACGCUGAGAAGUAUGAACAAGAGAUAGCGAAGCUGAAGGAACGCCUGAAGGUGUCGAGUCGCCGGCUGGAGGAGUAUGAGCGGCGCCUCCUGGUGCAGGAGCAGCAAAUGCAGAAGCUGCUGAUGGAGUACAAGUCCAGGCUGGAAGACAGCGAGGAGAGACUGCGCAGGCAGCAGGAGGAGAAGGACAGCCAGAUGAAAAGUAUCAUCAGCAGACUCAUGGCAGUUGAAGAGGAGCUAAAGAAGGAUCAUGCAGAGAUGCAAGCUGUCAUCGAUGCAAAGCAGAAAAUUAUUGAUGCACAGGUCAUAAAUGGGGCUGAGAUAAUUCAAACAGGAGAAGCGGAUCGUGUCGCUGGACUCGGCCAACACGCGGCUGAUGAGCGCCCUGACGCAGGUGAAGGAGCGCUACAGCAUGCAGGUGCGCAACGGCAUCUCGCCCACCAAUCCCACCAAGCUUUCCAUCACGGAGAACGGUGAAUUCAAGAACAGCAGCUGCUAACCGGGCAGACGCUGCCGGCCGCCUCCCCAGAAGAAGAGCAAGAGGGAGCAGGCUCGAGAACCCCUCCUUCCCCUCACAGGUUUACAUAAUGCUGCUAAAAUGGAAAAGAAAGAAGAACUCUUAAAAAAAAAAAAAAAAAAUAGGGCCUUAAUUCCCCACUCAAGGCCAGGAGAAUUGGGCUCCCAGGAACAAGUCCUUCCAUAUCACCAUGUAAAUAAAGGGAUCUCUUGGGUCAUGUACAGAAAAUGCCCAUGUAAUAUACCAAAAGGAAGUGAAUACUGUAGAUUUUUUUUUUAAUUAUUGCUAUUUUUAUUAUUUUUUUUUCCUCUUGUUAAAAGCACUGCAGUCCUUGGAAGAGAAAGAGGGGAGUGUGAGUGCAUGUGUGGUGUGGGUGAGAGCGAGAGAUGAGCAGUGGGUUACCUUAGGUAGCAGCUGUAUAUAUCAGGCUGCCUGAUGCAAGUACACAAGUGGAGUGAAAUAGUAGCGAAAUGAAUUUUGUAAAAAGACUCAUCUGCUGGUUUUAUUCCCCUCUUCCCUAGUUGUUCUUUAACUGAAUGCAAACUCAAUAGCAAACAUUUUAGCAAGAAGGUUGGCUCUUGCUGGAACUUGUAGUUACUUUUGGUAGGACUCCAGCAAAAAAAGAAAAAGAAAAAAGAAAAAACAGUCUUUUUGAACAUCCUGGGUAAAAACUCCACUUGGAGCAGUGAGCUUGUUUCCUUACAUUUGCACAAAGUCAGCCUUCCCAUCAAACAGGGAAAGGGAAUCUGCAGUUUUCAAGGUAGGAUUCUUUCUUUUUUAUACCAGUUCUAACACAGUUUAAAUUUUAUGUUUUGAGAAUUUACAGGCCUGUAAAUACUUUUCUCUCUCUCUUUUUUUUCCUAUCCAAUCACUUUAUGCACCAUGCAGUAGCACCCUGAAUUCAUUUUCUGCCCUCCAUCGGGAACAAGCAGGUUAACGCUCUGGAGAAGGGGCUACCCAAAGGGUCCCCAUGCCCAGCACCAUAGAUUUCUGUAUACAAAAUACAUUUUUUCUAGAUGAUUUCUUCAUUUUAACCCUCUAGUGUUCAAUUUCACCAUUUCAGCCACUGGUUUAGCCAGUCUAGUUCUGCUGAAAGAUGCUUUCUGCUCUUUUUCUUUUAAGAUCUUCUGUUUCCUUUGAAAUUUGUCCAUCUUUGAAUACUCCUAAGGAUUUCUUUGGCGUUCUGUACUCACCAGAUUUUUCUUAAGGAGUUUAGACUAAACUUUUCCUCUCCAAUUACUUCCAGUUGCAUUUCACCGAAGCAUACUUGCGGGCUCUAUGUGAAUGCACCUGUAGUUACUAAGUGACCUUCUCGCGGAAGAUACUGAUGUUCGCAUACCGUAAGAGAUUCACGAUAAAUGACACAGAAUUGUCAGUUCUGCUGAUUUCCUCAAACGUCGCAGUACUUAGCCUGAGGGUUUCUAAAGCCCCAGCUUCUUGAGUCGGCUGUGAGUCUUCACUUUCACAUCUUGGCGUACACUUCUAACCCCUUUUUCUUACAGAAAAAUUGGGAUGAUUUGGACUCGGAAAGUAAAUAAAAUCACUUCAACAGCAGUUCAAGUUUUGAAUUACAGGAAUAUACUAAUAACAGCCGAGUGUGAUUAACCCUUCGCACAGACUGUGGAAACCGGAAAAGUAGAUGUCCUCAAAACUGGACGCAGCCUCCCGGGUGUGGGAUGCACUUAGCUGAACGGUUCCCGCUUGGACCAGGAGAGCCUGAGCGAUGGAAACGGGGGCGCUGUAAUUUCAGGAAGGUCGGAGCUGAUGAGCUGAUUGUCCCUGGCCUUAAGUUUCCGAGUCUCUAAAAUUGUGUUAUGUGAAAAAUGUGGGGAUUUCUAAGCUCAUCUCAUGACUUGAAGCCUGACUCGUGUUGCACGUGAAGGGUUGGCAAUGCUGAGGGCCCACGUUCAGUGUCUGCUGUCACGUUCGAUGUCUGGAAAUGGAUUUAUCUCACCUCUGUAGGCAAAUUCACUUUGCGGCAGAGUUUGCGGAGCAGUUAACUGUUCUACCUUGAUCUUUGUGAGUUAAGAUACUUCAGUUAAAAGUUGUCCCACGCGCCUGUUACGUUACUAACUACGCAUAGAUACUGAGACCACAUCUCCUGCGCUGGCGGAGGCAUAAGGAACACGUGUGUGAAUCUCUUAACAGGGCCUUGGCUGUUAAUUUACAUCUUGAGGAAAAGACUCGUCAGCAGUGAGUAGGGAUUCACCUGUAAGCUUAGUUCUUCCGGCUCAAAGCUGCCGUCUCUCGCCGCUCGGACGCGGCUCGGUUCUGCAGGCCGGGGAGCGUUCCCGCCUCGUUGCUCGCGCGGCGCAGCCAAGCUACGGGGCUGCGCGCUGCGUUCGCUCAGAAGCGGCUUCUUUCCAAUACUUUCCAAAUGAUGUCUUCCAGCUGUGGGUCAUCGCUGACCUCCAAUAUUUUCUUCCUCAAGCUGUGCCUUUCAGUUCCUCCUGCUUUCCUCCUCCAUCCGUGCAUCCCAGCUGUAGCUGGGCAUCCUGUAUGGCUUAAUUUCUGUUAUACGGGGAAGCUCUCUCUUACAACCACCGUUUGCAUCCCCUUUUUGUUGAGUAUGUUUGUGUGACUUGCAUCUCUCCCUUUGCUGUUUACUUACCCAGCUGCAUGGUGGGGAGUUCUUCCCCCGAGGAGCCUUUUCGGGUGGGCCCGGGCAUUGCUCGUUUAUUACGCAGUGCAGACGGCGUGGGUGUUCUGCGACCGAAACGUGAGAGCAAGCAGUCGCUUGAAUGCAUUGGCUGUGGGGGUUUUUUGCCUCCAGGUUAGAAGAACAAGGCAGAAGCAGAGAAGUCAUUCUGGUAGCGGUAGUUUAGCAUUAAUUUGGGAAAUGCAUUUCACCGGAGUUCACCAGCUUUCUGGUAACGUGUUAAAGACCACUGGCGUAGCUCUGUGGUUAGAUGCUGAAGAGCCCAAGGCGUGCGCUUUGGUUUCUGCAAAGGAGUGCAAUAGGGGCGACAUUUCAGUCCUUUUUUUUUUUUUUUUUUUUUUUUUUUUUCCUCCAGAGAGGCGUAAUACCUGCCCCAAGUUUUAUACAUUUUGGCGAGCUCUUUAGUGAUGUAUCAUUCUGAAUAACGACCUUUCGCCUAUGUAUUUCUUAAGCUUGUAGACUGGGAAAAGUUGCCGUUCCAAACGGGCCUGGCUAUCAGUACCGCCCACAGCUUGCUGCUAGGCUGGUUGGUGUCGCCUGUGUAUCAGUUUCUGUGCUGAAGCGCAGAGUGUUUGUCCCUGUCCACGCAGGGAGAAGCUGCCGGUAGACCCACAACGGGGUGAAGGUCGCAGAUUCGCAGUUUUGCCAGACUAAAACUGAUCAGCAGCAGAACAAAACGUUACGCUCCCGAGUUCUGCAGGCAGCUGUCUCUCCCGGUUUGUCACCGAGCAGCUUUCUAGAGAAAUUUUAAGCUGCUUCAAGCCGACAAAAUGCAAAAAUGUCAGGUUCUAUUUUGUCCAGUCUGAUUGAAUUGCAGUGGCACUAAACCACGUGGCAGCCAAAAGGUCUGCCUGUUUUGAAGCAAGAGCCCUGACUGGGCCUGAUCACGUUUGCUUUCGGACUAACAGCUGGUGGGUUUGUGCAGCAAUGAGAGGAAAAGUAAAUAACGCAAAAAUCGGAUGAUGAACCUUGCAGUCAUUGGGAUUUGGUUCAUGCCUUAACCAAAUGCACCAGAAGCGCCUAAUGCUGUCGCAAGCAACCACUGCUCUCAUUUGGGAACAGCUGAAGUAGCGCAGGAAAAAAUCACGAGCCAGUAGGAGGGAUAUUUGUGUGUUCCCAAGGCUGAAACAGAAAAAUUGCCCCAUCGUGGCAUCUCAGUCCCUGCUGGCCAUGUGCACUCAACACCGCUGUAAGGAUGAUCCUCCCCAAAUGGCAGAGCCAGCUGGGCUUCCAGGUUCUCAGGAGAAGCUCCUGGCUGGUAUGGUGGAGCAAAGAAACACAGCAGCGUUUUGUAGCACUGUGGCCUUCUGCCGUGUUGUGGAUGGUGUCUGCAGGGUGCGUGAGGAAGACGGAAGCAGAGGAAGCACUGCUGGAAGUGCCCGUGCCUUGCAGCUCGAGGAGUUCAGGCCUUUAGUACGGGAAAUGAGAAGGUUUCACAUCUGGGAAGUAGCAACUGUGUAUUAGAAAUGGGCAGCUGUGUGUAAAAGAUCCAUACAGCUGCACAUUUUGCGACUUUCCUCAUAAGUGAAAUAAUUCUAAGCAGGGAUCCAGAGGAGCAUGGAAAGGGAUGUGUGCAUUUUCUAGUUAAGAGACUAUGGGGUAUAUCCAGUAAUAAACUCUGUAUCCAUCUACUAAGUUCUAAUUGGUGUUCUCACAGCUGCUUUGAAUUGGCUUAGGCUUUUUUUCCCCUACAUGAUGUAUUAAUUCCAUGUUUUAUUGCUCACUUAAACCCACCAGCUUUUAACUUCAUUUGAAUAGUCAACAAUCAAAGUCAGACGUUGUUACAGCAAUGUACUGGGACUGUGUCAGCAAUAUUUAUCUGUCAGGUAACUACAUAUGUAACCUAUCUGUGUUCUGCAAAAAUGUGUGUGUUCUGCAAAACUGUCUGUGUUGUUCCUGAAGAACGAUUCCUGUCCAAGGUGAAACCGUUACGUGUAUUUACAUCGGUGAUUAGCGUUAACCGUGUAGACGUGUUCUGCUCAGCCACAGGUACCCAACCGAGUGUGACAGAUCAAAAGGGUUAAAAACUUAGGCUGAUGCUUUUAGACGUUUCCUUCUUCACAGUAAGUUAACUCCCAUGAGAGAGAGCAUGUCAUUGCAGAUCAUGCCUGCCAGGAAUCCUAUCUGUAAAAAUAGAUUUUCUGUCUCAAGGGCCUUAAUAAGAGUGUUACUACACAGAACUGUUUUACAAUGAUAGCUCUAAAUAAUUUAUUUUUUAUUUCAACAAAGUACACCUUAAAAAAGUAAUAAACUUGUUUUUCAAGCUGUAUUUUUAUGCUAGUAGCACUGGACUGUCUGGUCUCUGAGAUCCAUCUCUGCAUUUCAUUGCCUGGGUUUGUUCUAAAGAAGAUUUAUUUUUGUUCUGUGAAUAAUUUUUGAAGGUUCUUGUAUAUGUACAGAUAUAGAUACAUUUGAGGUCUUUUAUUGAUAUUCCUACAAAGAAUACAAAUAAACUUUAACUUUAAACA